GUCAUAUCUUUUUUAUUUGUUAAAAACCUUUGAAAUUCUUAUUUGUCAAGUCUUCUCCGUCAUCUCUAUUCUCUGUUAUUCUUGUUUUAAUCAAUUUCAUAAACCAGCACUUAUUAAUCCAUUAAAUUAAAUCUCACUCUGCCGACAGAAAGAGCAAAAAUAUUCCACCAACAAAAGAAGAAGAAGAUGAAAAGACCCGCCAACAAAAAAACCGUUUUUCCCGCUCACUCUUCUUCUACUUUUCCAUAUCAACAACGUCUCUUUAACUCACAACUGCCACCACCACCUCCUCCUUCCGUUCUCAGGGCGCGUGCCGCCGUUUUGCGCCUCCAACAAAAGCUCUUCCCACGGCGGCAACAGCAUAGAAAAGAUGCGACGAAUUUACCUAGUCAUCCUAACCGUCAAAUGCCAGGCGUCUUAUCCACCAAUCCGUACGAUGAUCGCCCUCGGUGUCCGUGUUGUAUGGCUCUUAUUAACAUACUACCGAAUAAUGUCUCCAACCGUUGUCCUAACUGCUGUUUCGUUCAGCUUGAUGUCAAUGAUCAUAGUGAAGAAGAAGUUAACGAGCUGGUUAAAGAAGUAGAGCAAGAUGAAGCUGAUGGUGGUAUGCCUGGAGAAACAUUUACAGAUUAUCGACCAUCAAAGCUAUCUAUCGGACCUCCACAUCCAGAUCCGAUUGUGGAAACGUCUUCCUUGUCUGCUGUGCAGCCACCCGAGCCUACUUAUGUUCCAAAGAUUAAGGAUGAGUUGGAAUAUUUCAAGACUUUGUCAUGCUUACAGAUUGAGACUGUGGUUUAUGCUAGUCAGAGACAUCUUCAACACAUUCCCGAUGGUACUAGGGCUGGAUUCUUUAUUGGGGAUGGAGCGGGUGUUGGUAAAGGUCGAACAGUUGCUGGGCUAAUUUGGGAGAACUGGAACAAUGGGAGGAAGAAAGCCUUGUGGAUUUCUAUUGGUUCAGACUUGAAGUUUGAUGCCAGAAGAGAUUUGGAUGAUAUGGGUGCAAGUUGCAUUGAUGUGCAUGCUUUGAACAAACUGCCUUAUACUAAGCUUGACUCGGAGACUGUUGGAGUUAGGGACGGAGUUAUUUUCUCGACAUACAGUAGCCUCAUAGCAUCAUCUAGCAAAGGUCGUUCCCGUAUGCAACAGCUUGUGCAGUGGUGUGGACCUGGGUUUGAUGGUCUUAUAAUUUUUGAUGAGUGUCAUAAAGCAAAAAAUCUGGUUCCCGAAAAGAAUAUGAAACCAACAAAAACUGGUAAAGCUGUACUUGAUAUCCAGGAUCAACUACCUGAAGCUCGUGUCAUUUAUUGCUCAGCUACUGGUGCAUCUGAACCUCGCAAUAUGGCUUAUAUGGUUCGACUUGGCCUUUGGGGAGAUGGGACUGAUUUCCGUGAUUUUAAUGAUUUUCUAGGUGCUCUUGACAAAGGGGGUGUUGGAGCUCUAGAGCUAGUUGCAUUGGACAUGAAAGCAAGGGGCAUGUAUUUAUGUCGUACGCUUAGCUACAAGGGUGCUGAGUUUGAAAUUAUUGAAGCAACAUUAGACGAUAAAAUGACGGAUGUGUAUAAAAAGGCUACAGAAGUUUGGGUGGAUUUGCGUAAGAAAUUGAAGUCUGCCAUUGACCUCCUACCUGAAAAACCUAAUACUAGAGUACUAUGGAGAUUAUACUGGGCAACGCACCAGCGCUUCUUUAGACACUUGUGUAUGUCUGCUAAAGUCCCUGCUGUAGUGAGACUGGUGAAACAAGCAGUAAUGGAAGACAAGUGUGUAGUCAUAGGUCUGCAGUGUACCGGGGAAGCAAGGACGGAGGAUGCUGUUUCAAAAUACGGCUCUGAACUUGAUGACUUUAUUUGUGGACCUCGUGAGUUGAUGCUAAAAUUUGUUGAAGAUUAUUUUCCAGAUGAUUACUCAUUUCCGAAAAAGCCUGAAGUUCUCCAAGAUGAUGGUGUAAAGAGGCCUCGAAGGAAGAGGCACUUGGCAGGUCCUGACGUUUCAGCAAAAUCUAGAGUCAGAAAAGUAGCUAAGUUGGAGCCUCCAAGUGAUGCUGAGAGUGAUGAAGCAUAUGAAAUUGCCCGUGAUUCUGAUUACGGACCAGAAGGGGAUGAAAGUGCUGCCGACUCUGAUUAUGAAGCAUUUCAGAAAUGUGAAAUUUGCAGUACUCAAGAGGAAAACUUGUUGCAGUGUUCCUUCUGUGGAAAAUACGCUCAUCAGACAUGCGUGGUGCCCCCAAUUCGCGAUUUUAUUCUUGAGGAAUGGGCAUGUAAUUUGUGCAAGGAUAAAACUGUCAAUUAUCCCCCUCCUGGAACAAACAAAAUUAAACUCCCGAAGAGUUACGACACAGCCAUCGAGAGCAAGAAACAAAUAUUAGAGACAAUUCGUGCUUUGGAUCUUCCAAACAAUCCCUUGGAUGAUAUUAUUGACCAGUUAGGAGGCCAUGACAUAGUUGCAGAAAUUACAGGAAGGAAAGGAAUGCUUGUGAGAGACCCUAGCGGAAUGGGUGUGGUUUAUCAGACUCGAAAUACAAAAGAUGUCACUGCGGACAUGGUCAACAUGCAUGAAAAAAUGCUCUUCAUGGAAGGUAAGAAGUUGGUGGCUAUCAUCUCUGAAGCUGGAUCAGCUGGCGUCUCGUUGCAGGCAGACAAAAGAGUGAGAAAUCAGAAAAGAAGGGUUCAUAUAACUCUCGAACUUCCAUGGAGUGCCGACCGAGCAAUUCAGCAGUUUGGAAGAACUCAUAGAUCAAAUCAAAUCUCAGCACCAGAAUACAGAUUACUAUUCUCAAACCUUGGUGGAGAACGCCGAUUUGCAUCAUCUGUAGCUAAGAGAUUAGAAUCCCUUGGGGCUUUGACUCAGGGGGAUCGCAGGGCUGGACCUUCAUUAAGUGCAUAUAAUUAUGAGAAUGAUUAUGGGAAGAGGGCUCUGGAGAAUUUGUACAAAGGAAUAAUGGAGCAGGAUCCUGAUUUUAGUAAGCAGGCAACAUCUGCUCUUGAUUCUGUCGGAAUUUCUAUGGACGCCAAUCAUGGAGAUGAUGAAGAUUCUGGAUGGUAUGCCUCUUCAAAAAAAAAGAAAGCUAACAAUGAUGUUAGACGAUUUCUCAACCGGAUUUUGGGAAUAGUUCCUGAGAUUCAGAAUAGGCUAUUUGAGUUAUUUGUGAAUAACUUGGAUCUUCUUGUUCAAAAAGCUCGCAUUGAAGGUAGCCUUGACAGAGGCAUUGUUCACUUGAAAGCUAAUGUCAUUGAACUGCAAGGGACUCCAAAGACAGUCUAUGUUGAUCAAAUGUGUGGGGCUUCAACUGUUUUGUUCACAUUCAUCUUUGAUCGUGGGGUUUCAUGGGAGUUGGCGAAUACCAUGCUGAAAGAGAAACAGAAAGCUGAGUUUGGUUCAUCUGGAGAUGGCUUCUACAAGUCCAACAGUGAGUUUAUGGGAAAACGCCAUGUUAUUUUAGCAUUUGAAAGUUCUGCUUCAGCUAUGUAUAAGAUAGUUCGUCCCACCACCGGAGAAUCACCUCGGGAUAUGCAUCUGGCAGAAUUAACUAAGAAAUAUUCAAAAGUUUCAUCUUUAGAAGCAGCCCAAAUAAGUUGGGAACACGAGUAUGAAGUUUCAUCUAAACAGUGCAUGCAUGGUCCCAAAUGUAAGAAUGGUAAAUCAUGUUCAGUUGGCUCAAGACUACAAGAAGUAAAUGUCUUAGGUGGUGUCAUUCUUCCUCUUUGGGGAAAAACACAAACCGUUCUUUCUAAGCAGGUCAGACUAAUUCAUAGGAGGUUACGCAUUGUUUGCGUUGAAACUACAUCAGAUAACAGACGUAUAGUUGGGCUUCUUGUACCUAAUGCAGCCGUUACAGCUGUGCUUGAAGGUUUAAGUACACAUUCUGUAGGUUUAACACAGGUGACAUCUUCUGCAGGUUUAAGUACACCUUCUGUAGGUUUAACACAGGUUAUAGAAUUGGAUGAUUGACCUGAGACACCAGAUAUUACCCUUUCUUGAAAGAUCACUAGCAGUUUUUGUUUUAGGUUUAGGCUUAAGUUUGUUGCUGAAAUUUGUGAAUAGGAAAGCGCUGAUCUCAUUGAGAUGCAUCAAAGUUGUGCAAUCACCGUUGCAAUCUUUUGGUUUCAUCAUCCAGUUUUGUGUAAAAUUCAAAAUGGUAUAUCUAUAUGGGUGAUCAUUGACACAAGGAAAUACUAAUGACGGCUUAUCUUUCACAUAUGAUAUAUGAACUCGAUUAUGACA